GUGUGCCAAAAAAAAAAACGUAUAUAUUGUUGCCUUGGAAACGAAUGUAAAUCGUAUUAAAAGGACGUGACGUGAGGACACGUGAUUUCCGGUGAUGUACAUUAAUCGAGAGAAUUUUGUUCGGUUUGUCAGUGUUGAGAAAUGAAUGAGAGAGUCGAAAAGUCCGAAAAUUAAUCAACGAAACAACGUCCAAAACAAUAGGAAAACAAAUGAUGCUGCUGCACUCCAUUAAAUGUCCCAUUGCCUUCUAUAUCGUCUAUUGUAUUUUCUAUCGUGUUCAAUGCCAAACAGUUGUGGAUAUUGUAAAUUUAACAGAAGCUGAAAUGGAGGGACAGACACAAAUAAUUACAUCUACACUUUCACCUGUUGAGAAUGUCAGCACUGUAACACUAACAGAAACAACUUCUAUUGCUAAUGAAGAUAAAGAAGACACCGUGCACAAUACUUCUGUAUCCGAAAUGUCGACUGGUUCCGCAUCGGACGGUGUGUCAAUUGAGAAUUUAGAGAGCACCAAAGCUGUUACGAAACCUGCAACACUAAUAGAAAUGACAACACCGAUGGAAACCGCAUUAACGGAAGCAACAAAACCGGCUACUACGGUGCCUACCACCACCACGACGACAACAACUUUUCGACCGCAUACAACAAUGGCAACGUCCACACAAUCUCCAACAAUUUCUCCAGAGAUAGAUAGCGAGGAGAGUACAGAGACGGAAGAAUUGCUCGUAACCACAUACCUUCCACUCGUUAGCACAUGGAAAACAUCUACCUUAACUUCUCUAAGUCCUAGUACGGAACUUCAACCCGAAGAAUCUAACAACUCUUUAAAUAUUACUCAAUUUUCGGUUAAUGAAUGUAGUUUUGCUGGAGAGAAACUUGAUUGUGAUGUCUGGAUAAAGUGUUUUGGAGAAGGGGAAGUUGACUGUACUGAAUCAGAAGAGAGAAGCAUACCAGAUCCAGAAGAACUUGACAGCAAAUCAUUUUAUGUAAGAAAUCAUUAUAACGAAGAAAGACCGUGUAAAAUAAGUGGAACACUUCAAUGCAUACCGCAACCGCUCAUGCCUAAAUGUAAAGGGAGUGGAAAAUGCAAAUUAGUGUCACUGGAAUUAGCCGUAGAAGAAGGUAUGGAAGAUUGGAUCAUAGCAGUAAUAUGCAUUUCGAUAGGAUUAGGGUGUUUUCUUUUAAUCGUCCUGGGUUACGUGAUCUACACUUCGUGGAAGAAACUUAGAGUUCAACCGCAAACUUCGGCUUCCACGUCCUAUGUAACCGGACAAACUGCCUAAUUUUGGAAGUGCUCAAGACAGAUUGCAUCGUCAUCAAAGAGCAAUAAAGCAAAUGUGAUACAAACUUUCAUUUUCCAAAGGAAUGGAAACAUAAAUACACAUUUCCAUCUAUAAAUUUUACAUAUUCAUAUAUUUAUUUAUGUCAUAUUGAACAGAAUACAAUAGAAUAGAAGGCUUGUUA